AUGCUGAUGAUACCUCUGCUGGUGUUGCUGAGCCUGUUGGAUCCCGUUAGUCCCCGGGCCAGCUGCGCCACGGGCCAGGCUUGCGACCCCCGGCAGCGGAGGGACGCCGGUGGGCGCGGAGGAGUGUAUGAACACCUCGGAGGAGCGCCGAGACGCAGGAAGCUCUACUGCGCUACUAAAUAUCAUUUACAAAUCCAUUCUAAUGGGAAAAUAGAUGGAUCAUUGGAGGAAAACAACCCGUUUAGCAUCAUGGAAAUCACAGCAGUGGAUGUGGGUGUUGUGGCCAUAAAAGGGCUUUUCUCUGGCAGAUAUCUGGCCAUGAAUGAUAAAGGCCGGCUGUAUGCUUCGGAAGUGUUCAACAGAGAGUGUGAGUUUGUGGAGCGGAUCCAUGAGUUGGGGUACAACACUUACGCGUCCCGCCACCAUUCCACGGAGCAGCCGCUACCACCAGGGGGCGGCAGCAGCAAGCGGCGAGCCAGUGCCAAGCGCCAGUGGUACGUUUCCAUUAAUGGCAAAGGCCGGCCACGGCGAGGCUUUAAAACACGAAGCACGGACAAAGCGUCACUUUUCCUUCCUCGGGUGCUGGGCAACAAGGACCAUGAGAUGGUGAGGCGGCUGAGAGAGAGUCAGAGCGCACAUCACCACAUGCAUCACCACGGCAUCCGCGGUGAUCGCCGGAGACGCCGGCAUCGUGCCAGGAAAGGCCGGGUCAAUGGCCAGAUUACAGAGCAGACUUUUCGAGGGGGAAGCUGA